CUUUUCCUAUUUAGAACAAGAGAAAACUCUUUAAAAUUCUUUCCAAGUUCUGGCUUAAUUUGUUCUCUUAGUUUGGGAUGCAGGGAGGUAAUUACUGUGGUUUAUUACCUUGUAAAAGAUCCAUAAAUUUCGUGCCUAUUUGGGGGAGGGGCCGCUGGAAUAGCUUUCAAAAGCGUGGGAUGAAGGAAUGAAUUUGCUUUGUUCUUUUAGGAAUUAUUUAUUUUUAAAAGUUUGCUGAGAUUUUUUUAAAAUCUUCUAUUCCCUAGGCCUCAGUCUUCCCUAAAAUCUGCUCCUACAAUAGAUAUCAGGUUGUUAAUUAAUUGAAACACUAUUCUCUGAUGCUCUAGGGCUGAUAAGGUGUUCUGGAUACAAUUAUUACUUUAUCAGAUAGGAAGUAAACAGAGUAAUAGUAAAGCUGGUACUUUCUCAGCUACUGUAUGUUUAUUUAUCCCAAGUAUAGAUAGAGCAUUUCAGGAAUUUGUAACUCAGAUGUACUUAGGAUUUGCAUUUCAGAACAUAACAGAACCGCCGCAUGUGUAAACAGUUGCAGAGGUCUGUGGCCAUGUGUAUAAAAUGAUAAUACACAUCCAAGAGAACUUGGAGCCCAUUUGUACUGUAGUUGCACACACGGGAAAUAUUUCAUGUUAAAUAAUGAUCGAUAACCUACCCCCCCCCCCCCACCAAACACACACAGUGGGCUAAGGGCCUUACCUGACACUGAAUAGAAAAAACCACUACAGUUAAGUAAAGGGAGAAAAUGUUAAGUGUAUUUUUGACGGAGAAAUCAGAUUACAGUGUUUGAAUACAGAUAUAGCUAAUCUGCCAACAGCCUUGCAAAUAUUGACUAAAGCUCUGUAUCCUUGGUCACUUGCUCCUUCUAAGACAACUUUGUGCUAUUUUGGCUCCAUUGCAUGGAUCUAGGGCUUGUGUCCGAGCCCUGGCCAGGUUGAGUGGAGGAGUCAGUAAAGGGGGAAUUGGCAGCUGGGUUUCCCAACCUGGGCCUAGAUACUUGAGCAUCUCUAUUCUUGUUCUCUGGAACAAAACGGAACCAUAAAAGGCCCAUAGCCUUGCUUCAGGAAAGUGGGUUUCAGAGUGGUGAAGGAGGACUCUCAGCUGCUGGUUCCCUAGGGGCUUGGCCAGACCAAGAUCUCUCUUAGGGAAGCCAUUUUCACUUCAAAAGUUAAACUUCCUUUGACUUGUUCAGAUUUUUCCCUUCACAUCCCACCCAAUCACCCCAUCCCACUCCAAGUCGUUAAUGUUAAUUGUUAAACAGCAGUUGAAGCAUUAACUGGGCUGUUAAUAGAGGUAUAGAGGCUCCUAGCUGAAGCUGAGAUGCUGCUGGGCCUUGCUGGCGUUAAGGCAUUUCUCUGAAGCAGGACCAAAGACUUCUCUCAUUGAUUUAUCGCCUCGGAAUUUCGGUUUGCUCCAGACUGCUCUGAGAGUUCUAAAGGGGGCCUCUUCUCAUUUUUGAGUUGAAGCCUAUGCAGAAACUUUAGUUGGCAAGGAAGGGAGUUUGCCAGGCUAUCUGGAGAGCUCAGGGUGAAAUUAUACGGAUGGAUGGGGUAAGGGGAGCAGAGGCCAGUGUAUUAGUUGUCUGAGUCCUUGGGAAACCAGAGAGUGCUUUUGAAAAGAGCCUUUGGGCCUGACCCCUACCCCCCAAACCUGAGAGAAGCUGGUUUUGGAUUUGGGUUCUCACUUUGCAGCCUGUGACUUAGGUCAGAGCUGGGAAGGUUCACAUAGGGGUUCUCUCCUAGCUAUCCCAUAGACAGAACCUUAUCCAGCUUAGGCCAGGACUUACUUCCAAGGAAUUAGGCCUCCUCCUCUUUUAUUGCCCUUCUCAUUUGGACACCCCCAUGACCAGGCCUCUGCUGAGGGCCUUAUUUUCUCACCAGGCCCCUUCUGUCCCUCUGCAGGGGAGAAGGGGAGGGAAGGAACCAUGCACAGCUUUCUGCAGCUGCUACAAGUGAGCCCUCAUGCUUAGAGAGUCAUAGCCAGCUGAAGACCCACUCUCAAGUAACAAAAGAAUAUGGCAUGAGGAUCUUACCACCUCAGAGCAUUCCCCAAGUUAGAAACAAAGACCUGAAAAGAGGGAGUUUUUAGAUGGCUUCUGAGAACGUGAACUGUUGAAGUCAGUGGACAGAGCCCCCAAGCAGAAGGCAGGAGUUGGAGUGGGAUGAGGAGGGGGAAUGCCAGGUUCCUCAUGAGCAGAGUUGGUCCCGUUCAGUUUCUGAUGGUGGACACAGAGUUGUCUUUGAGGAGAGUAGACACACUUGUCUGCAGAAAGGGUCUUAGAUUGUCUUGUAGGUUAAUUCAAGGGAUGCCAGCAAACAUUGGUUUUUUUUUUUUUCCCCUCUCUUGCAGAGACAAUUAGAUCAUUUCCCCUUACAUUUUUCAUCAUUAGAAGCCUAUAAUUUCAUGUAUCACUCAGCUAUGCACUAAGGAAAUGUGUAAGUGCAGAUUUGGCCUGGACACUUGGUCCCUCCAGAUUUUGCAAACCCUGACCCACCACUCUAGAGCCAAGCAUCUCUUCUUGUAGGGGGCUCCUAUCAAACAAAACCAGCUGGACUUGGAGGAGGUGCUUCGGCCUUUUGUCAGGUCUGCGCGGGGCGGCCAUUGGCUGCGGAGCGUCACGUGACCGCAGGGGCGUGCCAAUGUGCGCCCUCACGGGUGUCAAGCCCCUGUCAGAGUGUGCGAUCAAGAUCGUGAAACAACGCGAUGCAAAAAGCGACCUACUACGACAGUUCGGCGAUCUACGGUGGCUACCCUUACCAGGCAGCCAACGGGUUCGGUUAUAAUGCCAAUCAGCAGCCGUACCCGGCAUCCACAGCGUUGGGCGCCGAUGGCGAGUACCACCGACCCGCCUGUUCACUCCAGUCGCCUGCAAAUGCCGGGAGCCACCCCAAGGCGCACGAGCUGAGCGAGGCCUGUCUGCGCACCCUGAGCGGUCCGCCCAGCCAGCCUCCGGUUCUCGGCGAGCCGCCCCUGGCCCCACCGCCACCUCAGGCUGCGCCCCCUGCCCCACCGCAGCCUCCAGCCCCGCCGCAGCCCCCUGCACCCACCCCUGCCGCGCCCCUGCCCCCCUCUUCAGUCUCCCCACCUCAGAAUGGCAGCAGCAACCCCACCCCCGCCAGUGCAGCCAAGAGCCCCCUACUCAACUCGCCCACCGUGGCCAAACAAAUCUUCCCCUGGAUGAAAGAGUCUCGGCAAAACACAAAGCAGAAAACCAGCGGCUCCAGCUCAGGGGAGAGCUGCGCAGGUGACAAGAGCCCACCUGGGCAGGCAUCAUCCAAGAGGGCGCGCACGGCCUACACAAGCGCGCAGCUGGUGGAACUAGAGAAGGAAUUUCACUUCAACCGCUACCUGUGCCGGCCGCGCAGGGUGGAGAUGGCCAACCUGCUGAACCUCACUGAACGCCAGAUCAAGAUCUGGUUCCAGAAUCGACGCAUGAAAUACAAGAAGGAUCAGAAGGGCAAGGGCAUGCUGACGUCAUCAGGGGGUCAGUCCCCAAGUCGCAGUCCCGUGCCCCCCGGCCCUGGCGGUUAUCUGAACUCUAUGCAUUCGCUGGUUAACAGCGUCCCAUACGAGCCCCAGUCGCCCCCGCCUUUCUCCAAGCCCCCUCAGGGCGCCUAUGGGUUACCCCCCGCCUCCUACCCUGCGCCCCUGCCCAGCUGCGCACCGCCGCCACCUCCACAGAAACGCUACACGGCGGCAGGGGCGGGCGCGGGGGGCACACCCGACUAUGAUCCACACGCGCAUGGCCUGCAGGGCAACGGCAGCUAUGGGACUCCACACUUACAGGGAAGCCCCGUCUUUGUAGGGGGCAGCUAUGUGGAGCCCAUGAGCAACUCUGGCCCGCCUCUCUUUGGCCUAACUCACCUGCCCCACACAGCCUCGGCUGCCAUGGACUAUGGGGGCGCUGGGCCACUGGGUAGCGGUCACCAUCACGGGCCCGGGCCAGGGGAACCGCAUCCAACCUACACGGACCUUACCGCCCACCAUCCUUCUCAGGGAAGAAUUCAGGAAGCCCCCAAGCUCACCCAUCUGUGAUGGUGGGCUUGGGGCUGCGCUCCAGGAGAGUCCCCCCCCACCCCAUCUUUCUUCAUUUGCUUUUUUUUGUUUUAAGGUUCUUUAUGCACCUCCCUUUCCUCUCUUCUCCACCCGCCCCGCUGUCCCCCUACCCGUUUUGUUUUCUUUGGUAACACGUUUUUAUGGUUUAUGUGACGUAGCAAUCUUGGUUGCUGGAAUGGCUGUCGGUAUCAGUAGAGAUAUGUAUCUGCUCCCGCCCCUCGCUGGGCCGUUGGCCUCGCACCCUUUACCUUCUCUACUCUUUGAUCAGAAACAGGGUAUAUGAACAAAUUUUCUAGCCGAGUUGUUCAAUGUGAAUUUGUUCGUACAUUAUGGCUCCCGAGGGGAAGCAAUUAAUUUUUAGGUUUUUUUUUUUAAUUGCACUUCUUGUAAAGAGCGAGAAAAAAUCAAAGGCGCUUUGAGACAGGGGCUCCCUGUACAAGGAUGACUAAGUGUACGUCUUUCCGUGUGUGUAUGCUGGUGAAGUCAGAUUUAUUUAUAUUUUUUUUGCAAGCAUUGAAUAAGUUUUAAAUAUUAUUUAUCCCCAUCCGUCUGUAUUUAUAUUAAAGAAAUUCUGUACCCUGAUUGUUCAGAAGGUUUCUUGGGCCUUUUGUUCAAUGGUGUAUUGGCAUACAUAGAAAAAAAUUUUAUUCGAAAGGGAAAUAUAAUUCCUUUAUAAAGAUGGUAAUGAUGCAAUAAUACCAGAGAGGAUCCAGCUUUUGAAAACAGUGAUUUAGGUUUGUAACAUCCGGCGAAACUGAAAAAAAAAAAAAAAUGUAAACGCGAAAAAUGCUAGAUUUGUUUUGAAAGUUCUACAUUCCUUGCUGCUCACAUUCUGAGAAACAAAACAAAAAAAAAUAAAGUUUAUUCUGAAUAA